CGCGCGCGCCUGCUUACGUCUCUAUUCUAAAAUUGUCUUGGCUCACAUCGGUUGACCACUAUUAUUAACGUCCGGGAAAUUAUCGACAAUAAUACAACCGAUUCAAUCUGUCGUGGAGCCGAGUCAGUUGGUGUAAGCAGUGACAGACGGGCGUGUAAAGGAUAUCGAGUUUGAGUUCAGUACGUCACAGGAUUAAAUUUUACAUUUAUUUUUAUAAACUCUCAAUACUAGUGCGAUAGAUUAGAUUUGACGACAAAAGCGUUUUAAAUGGCUCAACUAAUUAAUUUGAGAUUAUCUAGACCAGAUCAAACAUCUCCUUGGGGAUUCAGGCUACAGGGUGGCAAAGACUUUGGUACGCCAUUACUUAUACAAAAAGUGAACUUUGGUAGCUUAGCUGAAAAAGCCGGUCUUCAAGUAGGGGACGCUCUUGUUAGAGUCAAUAAUCAGGAAGUUUACGAUGUGAAACAUAAGGAUGCACAAGACAUCAUUCUUAGGGCAGGAAAUAUUUUUGAAGUAACCGUUCAAAGAGGUGGCGUUUCCACUUGGAAACCUUCAGUGACCCCAAUUGGACCUAGCCCAGUACCUAAUCGUCUUUCUCAAUCACCUCAACUUGUGACCAAGACAUCGCUUGCUAGAAAUGGACCUCCUCAAUCACCGGCCUUUGGGUCGGGUCAUAACUCAGUAACAAAACCGUUCUCUGGAUCUCAAUCUCCUAAAAUUAAUGGUAGUAGUUAUGGAAAUGAUUCUGUAAAGGCUAUUGUUAACAAACAGUACAAUACACCAGUUGGCAUUUAUAGCGAAGAAAACAUUGCUGAGACGCUUACUGCCCAAGCUGAAGUUCUGGCUGGUGGAGUAAUAGGAGUUAACUUUAAAAAAAAUGAAAAGAACUAUGAAGCUAGCAACAGUGAAGUUUUUAGAAUGGUACAAGAAGCAGAUAAAGAACCUAAAGAACAUAAUGAAUCAGAACUUCAAGCAAAUAUCGCUUAUUUCUCUUCAGCCAGUCAUGCAAUAGGUGGUCGUGCCACUUCACCCAGGCCUCAGACGCCAGUUCAAAUGCCAGAGCAACGAGAACCGUAUUUGGGUUCCCCGCUAAAAGAGGUGGACAAUCAUUUGGACUGUACUCAACCGGUGGUAUCGUGUACUGAGUGCCGAAAUGACAUCAUUGGUGUUUUCGUUCGUAUUAAGGACAAAAGUCUACAUGUGGAAUGUUUUAAAUGCGCUACUUGUGGAUCAUCUCUUAAGAAUGUAGGCUACUACAAUAUCAACAAUAAGUUGUAUUGUGAUAUUCAUGCCAAAAUGGUAGCUAAGCAAAAUCCACCAGCCCCAAAUAUAGAUCCCGUAAUUGUUCCUCCUGGCUCACAUCCACCUUUGGGUUCAUUCAAUAUCAUACCUAAUAAGAACAAGGGUAUACAAUCACCACAGCCUAGUACUCUAUCACCGAUACCUUUCCACCAUCAACCAAACUUUUCAAGCCCAAGUAAAUCUUAUGAUACACCAAAACCAACUACUCCGAUUUCAAAUUUUAACAGCGGAUACAAUCAUGCUACAACAGGAUUUAAUACUCAGGCGCAAUUUAAAUCGACCUCAUUCUCUAAAGAUAAAUAUACAUUUUCUAACAAUCCUAAACCUAGAUUACCUUUCUUAAAACCUAAAACUACAUUGUCUGGUUCUGCUUUUUAUCCAAUCACAUCCAAUUUAUCAUCAAAUAAUCCUACAUCUGCAAAAUGUUCUUCGCAAGCGUUAUGUCAAUCAUCAAAUGAAUGUAAUAAAAUUUUGAGUGAAUCCAUUGCUACCCAAAUGUUAAUUGAAGCAAUCAAAGACGAUAGAUCACGAUCACCUACUGUUGGUUACCAAGAAUUGGUAUUUAUGGAAAAAGUACCACUUGAAGUUAAAUCCUUAGUGCCUCCAAAUAACUGUACUAGAGCUAUUUCACCUUCACAUUUAGUAAUAUUUCCUCCUGAGAUUCCACUUGAAUAUUUAGCAGCUGCACGAUCAAGGACGUCUACGCCACAACCUAACUUAAAGGUUGUGUCUAAUAAUUUUCCAAUGACUGUUGAUUCAGAAAUUUCUUUAAAUAAAGUUGAAAGUAUGUCUGAUGAAAAAUUAAUGAAUUUUGAGUCAAGUAUUAUAGACGUCAAUAAUAAAAAAAUUGAUACUACAGUAACACAGUGUAACAUAGAAUGCAUGGAAUUGCAAGAAGGAUUACACUCAUUUAGCUAUCCUAGCAAAUUCAUAAACGUACCGCCUAUUGAAAAAACUAAGUUCAAAAUGGACGUAACAGAAACUAAACAAGACAAAUCAGAAUCACCUUUGUUAACUGCGUUAAAGACAGCGCCAGAGCGGAGUUUUUCACCGCUCCCAACAUUUGUCGAUGCUUCACAGUUCGUUUCUCCACCUUCAUCUGUCAAAGAGGAAAAGAGACCCAUGACAAUAGCUGAAGCGUUAGCUGUGGCUCCCGAACGAUCUUACAAAUUACCUGAAUUUAAAUUAGGAACAGCGCGGCCAGUAGGUAACAAUCCAGUUAGGUAUGUACACGGCUAUAACAACAAAACACAAGCAUUAUGUCCUAUACUUAAAUCUCGCUCUUUGUUAUAUUCUCCCGUUUCAAAUAUAAAUUUAGAAGAGGAACAAAUAGCUAAUCUCGGUCUUAAGUCUUUUCCUCCAGUAUCGGAGGAACUUAAGAUAGCGACGGCAGCUGGAGAUUUCGAUCGUAUCGAUUCUGUGCAGUAUGUCGAGGAAGAGUUGACUUUUGAUGAUAUUCCAAAGGAGGGAAAGAAAGAAAAUUCAAAUGAUGAAAUCACUGUUGUUCCAGAACAGGUCAUUUAUUCUAAUAUAUGUCGACAUCCAUUUACUGCUACAGGCUUACACGAACCUUCUGAUAUACCACCAUAUCAGCGAUUCAUACCAGAAAAUCCACAUAAAGCCAAAAUGAAUGCAACCUCACCAAAACCAUCUAUUAAAAAUACAGAUUUUCUUAGACAAGAGUUAAACGUACUUGCCAAAGUCACGCCAGUAUUGGGUUAUACACCUUCAUCGUUCAUAAGUGAUGGCGUAAUUUUAAAUAAAUCCGCAAAUAAUAACUUGUAUCAAAUUGAAAAUUCUAAUAGGGAAAUGAAUACUAUAACAUCUACUUCAUUAGCAUCGCCUUCUAUUACUACAUUUUCUGAUUCUUCAUUACAUGAAACUCUUUCGGCAGAACCAGUAAUAACCACUUCUUCUCCUAAUUCUAAUAAUCUAAAUCCUUCCAUUUCUUUACAUAUGCCUAAAACAUCUUUACCUGCUGCUUUACUAUCAAAAAAAUUAACAUGUUUUACCAAAAAACAACAACCUAAAUGUAUAAACCCAACACCGAUACCCGUACCCGAUCUAGGUGGAGGGCUGCCGUUGACGAAGUCAUCUGGAUCUGCUGGUUUGACAGCGCCAAGAAGAGGCCGAGGCAUAUUGAACCCACAGAACUUGACACCUGGAGCUAGAGUACCUUUAUGUGGAAAUUGUAAUCAGUACAUAAGAGGACCUUUUAUUACUGCUCUUGGAAAAAUAUGGUGUCCUGAACAUUUCAUAUGUGCAAAUGACAAAUGCAGGCGUCCUUUGCAAGAUAUAGGUUUUGUCGAAGAAGACAAUGGUUUGUACUGCGAAUACUGUUUUGAACAAUUUUUAGCACCAGUAUGCUCCAAAUGUUCCGGUAAAAUUAAAGGAGACUGUUUAAAUGCUAUUGGCAAACAAUUUCAUCCGGAGUGUUUUAACUGCACUUACUGUGGAAAAUUAUUUGGAAAUAGUCCAUUUUUCUUAGAGGAUAGCCUCCCAUAUUGUGAAAAUGAUUGGAAUAAUUUAUUUACUACAAAAUGCAUAGCAUGUGGAUUCCCUAUUGAAGCAGGUGACCGAUGGGUGGAAGCCCUGAACAACAAUUAUCACAGCCCAUGUUUCAAUUGUUCAAAAUGCAAAACUAAUCUAGAAGGUCAAAGUUUCUAUGCUAAAGGGGGAAGACCAUAUUGCAAAAGUCAUGCCCGUUGAUAAAUGUUUCAUAAUAAUACAAACAUUUGAACAACUAUAAUUGUACACAAAAAACUUGUCAUAGCACUAAAAAAACAUUGUGCUCUUAACAUUAAAUUAUUUAUUUUCUAGUUUAUUUAUAUGUAUCUUAAUACUAUAUUGAUAACUUUCAGUUUUGUCUAGUAAAUUAUUUUUAUGUAAUUAACCAUAUCAAUAAUAAGCUACGCCAAAAAAAUAGUUUAGCCAUCGUUAACAAUUAGCAAGUAAUGAUUUACCAAAUAUUAAUAAUAGUUAAUAGCUUUAGAAUUUUAUGGACUAAUUGAUUAUGUUUGUACUAUGAUUAGCUAGACCUUGUUUGUUUUUAAAAUUUUCAUCAAAUCUAUAAACUUGUGUUUUUUACAUGGGACUGCUGAUAAUUAAAAAGCCUGUAAUAUAAAUUACUCAUUUUUUAAUUUAAAUAUUCUUUGAUUGUAUCAUUGUCUUAUUUGUAAUUAUUUGAUUUAUUAUAUGUUAUUUUUUUUUUAAUAUCAUUACUCAAUUUAUUAUUCAGGCUAUCCUAUUGUGUACUUGAAUUUAUUUUACAAUUGUAUUAAUUAUUAUAUAAAAUGUAUGUAUAUUUAUAAAUCUUCAAUUAUAAUUUUUUGCUUCUGUGUUACCCAAAUAUAAUAUUAUUAAAGUAUACUGAUUAAUUUAUAUGUUACCGCUUGAUAUUUAUGUAUUUAUUAAAUUCUGAUACUAUUAUAGUAAUUUAUCAAUAUAUUCUGGUUAAUAUUUGAUUUUAGUAUCAGUUUAUUUUGUUAUAGUAAUUUACUCAAACUUUUCUGUAAUGUAAUCCUAAGUGAAAACAUAUUUAACAAUCCAUUUUAAGUUAAAUAUACAGAGUGAUUCUUUUAACUAGCCUUUCAAUUUCUCAUAAAAUAAUUUAUAUAUAUUAUUUUGCUUUUAUUAGUUACAUAUUUAACUAGCUUAUAAAAAUAACUAAUUGAUAAUUUAAAAUAAUGAUUCGAGUAAGGAGUAGGUGCUGCUUUUUUUUAUCACUAGACAUUUCUUGACGUCACUCUUCCUCUUUUCUAGGUAUAAAAAAAAUGUUACUUCAGAAAUACUGGUCUAAAAGUUGUUAUAGACCAGUCAUUUUAUAAAUUUUAUAAGCUAGAUAAAAAUGUAAGUGUGCACUAAAAAAUUAAAAUCUUACAAAAAAAUGAUUAUUUUAUGAAAAAUUGAGUAGCUAGAAUUAAAAGAAACACUAUGUAAUAAAAAUAUUUUCAUAAGUUUACGAAACAUUAUGCAUUAAUUAUGUUAAUAAAUAUUUUAUAAAAUUGCUACUACACAAUAUAAUACAAUAAAUUAUAAAUUACUAAUGUGUAAUUCAUACACUAUGAAAAUGAAAUUAUUUAAAAAUAGUUCAUUUCUUUACCAGUUUA